GAGAAAAAGAAAAGCACCUCCGUGAAAUCCAAGUGCAGUUUAUUCUUCUUCUUUUCAUUAUUCCUAUUCUUACCUGGUAUUUACUUCUUAUUUUAUUCAUCUUGCGUUGGACUCACUUCUCUUUACUUCUUCUGGGCCCCACUUGAAUCUGGGCAUGCUGCAGUGGAAACCAGACCCCAAAAAAUGAAGGCAUCCGACGAAGAGCGGAUUGGAGACCUCCUCACCUGGGGCAAGCGCCACGGCGCCCAACUCCACGAAUCCGUCGAGGUCUUCCAUGAUGACGUGGCGAAGUUCUCGCUCAAGGUCAGAGAGUCGGCGGGCCAAGGUGGCCUCCAACCCGGUUCCGCAACCGUGACCUGCCCAGCAUCACUCACCUUAUCCUUCGUCAACGCCGUCAUCGGCGGCCCGCUCCCCCCUGACAUCUCGACCGAUCUCCCCUCAAACCCUCUAUUCCCUUCCGCCUUCAUGGACUCCCUCCCGCCGUAUGUCAUCGGCCGGUUCUUCUUGAUGCAGCAGUACCUCCUGGGCAAGGACUCCUUCUGGUGGCCGUACAUCCGGGCCCUGCCACAGCCCGAGCAUCUCGCAUCCUGGGCGUUGCCUGCCUCCUGGCCAGACGACGACAUCGACUUCCUGGAGGGGACGAACGCGCACGUGGCCAUCGCGGAGAUGCAGGCCAACCUCAGGCGGGAAUUCAAGCAGGCCAGGAAGCUCCUCAAGGAAUCCAGCCUCCCCGGCUGGCAAGCCUACAACCGCGUGCUCUACAACUGGGCCUUCUCCAUCUUCGCCAGCCGGAGCUUCCGCCCCUCGACCGUCCUCUCGGAUGCACGGACGGCCCAGGUCGCCAGCGCACUCCCGGCCGGCUGCGACGCCGACGACUUUUCCGUCCUGAUGCCCGUCUUCGACAUCGCCAACCACUCCCCCACCUCGGACGUCGUCUGGGACUCGACGUCCGACCCGGCGUGCUGCCAGCUGAGGAGCCGGGAUGCCUACCUGCCGGGCCAGCAGGUCUUCAACAACUACGGCAUGAAGACCAAUAGCGAGCUGCUCCUCGGCUACGGCUUCGUCAUCGACGAGACGGAGGCAUUGCACAACGACUACAUCCACGUAAGGAAGCGGAUGCCGGAGGACGGCAGCGGCGCGGGCGACAACCCGGGGGCGGGGACGAAACCAACCGAGUUUCUCAUAUCGUUGCGCCCAUUGACGGACCCCAGCUCGCGGGUCGGCAGAUCAAGGCAGAGGGUGGCCAGGUCCGACGACUUCCCGGUGCUGCCCGAAUUCUCGCACGUCGAGGACUCGCUGAUCUGGGACCUUGCGGCGGCUCAAACGUCGGCCGACGAGAGGCAGACUCUGGCCGAGCUAGUGGCCGCCAUCAAGGGAGCUUUGCUGGCCAAGCUUGGGUUCGAUUACGAGAAGCUGAAAGCUUCCGAGGAGGGUCUGCAUCCCGAGAAUCGCAACCAGGAGCUCGCGAUGAGAUACCGAAAGCAGUGCGAAAGGGUGCUGGAACGAGCUAUCGAAUCGCUCAGUUCCGGCGCGACCAGUGCCCCAGGCCAAUAG